AUGGCUAUGACCAUCGAAGUACUUGCUGGACUUGCCUUCAUGUUUUCAUCUAGUAUCCUCCUACAGAUCCUGGCGUGUGCACUAUAUAGUAACUGGUGGCCAAUGCUAUCAGCACUCAUGUAUGUGGUAGUGCCUAUGCCGUGUAUGUUCUUUGGAGGAGGUUCAACACAGUUCCUAAUUAGUCGAGAUGGUGGAGGGUGGAUAGAUGCAGCAAAGUUCAUGACAGGAGCAUCAACGGUAGGAAGCCUCGCGAUUCCAAUCAUAUUAAGGCAUGCAGGAAUGAUCGAGACGGGUGCAAUGCUCAUAGAGUUCACAUCGUUCUUCAUAUUCAUCUGCACUGUCAUGUGUUUUCACCGGGCUAGCCUCGAUGAUUAUGAUUGGUAACAGAUAAGUUGUUGGUGGUAGUUAUAAUUUACUAAUUGGUCUUGCAUGAAGUGUGAAGAAGAUUAGGUAACUAUGAACCCGAAGUUAAGGUGCUGAAGAAAAGUCGCCUUCUUCCUCUUUUGUAAAGCUUUGUAUCAGUCAAUGUAUGUGUAAACAAGUUUUAAUUCAACAUACUGAACUUGAUAUCUAUACUAUUAAAGCUGAAGUACAAAAAUUUAAGUGUUU